GCGACUCUCCUCCGGGGGGGCUUCGGGUGACAUCACAUCCUCCGAACGCGCAAUCUGGCUCCUCGGCCGGCCGAAGGGCGCAACUUCCCGGCUCGGCGUCCCACCGGCUCCAGCGCGCGUCCGCACGCGUCGCGCAGCGCCGAGCGCGCCAUGGCCUCUCGGGUGACCGCCCUGCUCCUGCCGCUGGCCCUGCUGCUCCAUGCCGCCGCGGCCGGCGGGCCGAGCCGGUUCCGCAUGACGCCGCGGAAGGUGGUCGGACAGCUGGACAGCAAGGUGGAGCUGCAGUGCGAGGUGCUGCUGUCCAGCGCGGCGCCGGGCUGUUCGUGGCUCUACCAGAAGAAUGAACCCGCCGCCCGCCCCGUCUUCCUCAUGUACCUCUCCCAAACCCGGGCCAAGGUGGCCGAGGGGCUGGACCCCAAUCAGACCUCGGGCAAGAGGAUCCGUGACACCCUCUACAACCUCACCCUGCAACGCUUCCGCAAGGAGGACGAAGGCUACUAUUUCUGCUCUAUCCUGAGCAACUCCAUGCUGUACUUCGGCCCCUUCGUGCCGGUCUUCCUGCCAGUCGAUCCCACCCCUACUCCGGCGCCGCGACCACCCACGCGGGCGCCCACCAACGCGUCGCAGCUGGUGUCUCUGAGCCCGGGGAUCUGCCGGCCUGCGGCGGGCAGCGCAGGGGGAAAAAGUGGGCUGGACUUCGCCUGUGAAAUCUACAUCUGGGCACCCCUGGCUGGCACCUGCGCCAUCCUUCUCCUGUCACUGGUCAUCACCGUCAUCUGCAACCACAGGAACCGAAGACGUGUUUGCAAAUGUCCCAGGCCCAUGGUCAGACUGGGAGGCAAGCCCAGCCCUUCAGAGAAAUACGUCUAACAUGGAGAUGGGCCCUGUGCAACAGCCACUACAAGACCAAACAGAACUCUCUCUGUGAGAACAGCAACAGUCCUUCCCAUUUGGUUUUUCUAGCCUUUCUUCCUUAUAUAUCCAUUCUCAUUAUUAUUUUUGUGGGGGUGGGGCGGGAAGGGUGACUUCUUCUUUAUGUGUUUUCCUUAGUUGACACAAAACAAGACUUGUAUGUCUGCAGUACACCACAAGGGUUACGAUACCACUGUGUGCACGCAUUGGGGUAAAGGGUGAGCAGGCAAGAGCUACCACGAGCCAUGUUCUCAGAAUCUGGCGGUUAGAGCUGGGAGGUGGGGUGCUCAGCAUGACUUGGUCCAAACCUCUUCAGUUGACAUCCAGGGAUGGGGAGCAGCUUGGUCAGAGUCACAGCAAGUCUCAGCGCUCUUCCUCCAGCCAUUCAGGUCUUUCUUCUGCAGGCGUCUGUCUCAGCCCCGGGGUGCUGUGCCUCAAACCGUAAGGGCGCAAGUGAUUUCUUGAGCAGCGUGAUAGACCCACGACUGCACCCUCAGCCUCGAGGAGGUUAUAAGAGAACUUCUGCCUUUCACAGAGUUCUGUAAUGCCAUGAUCAGAACUUUUUAUAAUGCCACUGUCAGACUUUUUAUAAUCAAAUGCAGAACUGCAUGGCAUAGGAAGUCCUCGAAUAAAGGGGAAGGGGUACACUGAAUCCUGGAAAAGGAAAAAGUCAAUCUCUAAAGACCAUCUCCGGGAAAUCCCCAAGUGGAGGCAAAAUUGCUCUCCCGGCCCCUGCAGUGCCGAGGGGCCUGUGAAAGAGGCGAGACCACCCCUUGACAAGCAUGAUCUGAGCAUCGGUGCAGUUGAACAGAGGUCCCCCGGAGCCUCUAAACUUGCGUACCCUCUCUGAUCAUGCUCCUGGAACGUCGACGGCUUCUGACAGUGUGCAAAGGCGGAAUCGUUCCAGAGCUGCAGCCCCGGCCCCAGCCUCCCCUCGACCAGCAGAUGCGGGGCUGAGACAGAACAGACUCCGGUGAGGCGGCCGAGAGCCAAACCUGCUGCCCUGCACACGCGUGUCCUCUCGCACGGAGUUGAACAAGCAGCGAGUGCUCACUGGAAGAGAAAACUCCAAUGAGGACGUAAGAAUGACCCGUUAUUCUUUACCUCAGGUGUAAUCCGUUGUUAAUAUUGUGGCGUACAUUCUUCCUGAUGACUUUCUAUGCAUAAAUGUGAGGUAUAUACUUCCGAUUUUUAAAAAUGGGAUUGCGCUCUGCUCUUUAUAAAUGGCUUUAAUAAACAUCGAUGGCAUCCUUUUUAAUGACAAAA